CAAAAAACAGUUAAUGUCGUCUAAACACGUGCUGUUUUUGUCACGUGUGAAAGCAAUUUUCAUUCAAAUUUUCUUCUUUGGACAUUUAUUCAUGAUAGUGAUAGGAUUUUUACUAACACUGAUGGACGAAGGAAUUUCACAAGAACAUUUCUACGAUGAUGCACUAUGCUGGAAAUUGGAGGAAGCUCAAUCUCUAGAGAAUCAGGCUAGGAAGGUUUCUACAUAUAGUCAAUAUGAUAAUUCGUGCUUUGAAAUCCCUAUAGACGUAGACUGUAACCUUUAGCCGAAUUAAAAAUGUUAUCUCUGAUGUUUUCUGAAUGUCAAGAUGAUGAGUGUCCUUACAUUACUAAUUUAUGGUGAUGGAUGAAUGACGAACCUACUUAAUUUUCCAAGGGGCCAAUGAUGAUAAAUGACACUGGUGGCUCGUCAGUGUCGAUUAUCUAACGUUAAAACUAAUUUUAUUUAUUAAUUAAAUAGAUAAUAAUUUAAAAAACUGAAAAGGACACGCUUUUAUAGCUAACCGAACUAACAAGUAGAAAAUAAUUUUUAAUAACAAAGAGUUUAUAUUACAGUAGUAGAUGGUCUAACAAUCAAUCAUAAUUAAUG